CUUCAAGACCAGAACUUCAAGCCCAAUGGACUCGCCUGAGGAACCCGCUGCCGGCGGAUCACGUGAACCGCUGGGUGCGGCCGCCCCAAGGCUGUGUGCCUCUGCCACACCAUCCCCUCCAACCAACUCCGCUACCCACGGCCAACGAGCGCCACCGCAAGCUCGCCGUCGUCCCCUUCCUCUCCAAAUGUCUAAUGGACUACAAAAUCAACGUCGGGCGUCAGCUGAAAUACGGGUCCUAAUGCUACGCGGGCCUAUGAGAAUUCUCAUGAGCAAAAUGGAGGCACUUGCCAGUAUUGAUAUCGAGUCAAAGAUCAUUGAAGUUUUCAGAGAAAUGGUUAGUUUGCAGGCUGUCUUCUUGAAACCUGAGAGACCCAAAUCGAAGUUAAUAAAACGCCGCAAGGAGAAAAAUGAUGGCCUUGUUUCUCCUAACAUAAAAUCCAACAAAAAGACCAGAUCUUUGAGGAUUAGGGGAAGAUGGAAAUAG